AUGGUGAACCAUCCAGCCAACUCAUCCGAUCAACACGAUGAGCCGGUAACUACAUCUCUCGCCUUAAAGCGAGAGCCUACCCGGGAGGAAAAAACACGCGAGGCCAUCGACGAGGGACACGACGCCGACAUUCCCAGUAACAUCGGGUUUAUUCUGACCGAGACCGAAGAACGCAAGCGUCGAGCGAGUAUUGUCAGCAGUCGACGUGCAAGGAGGAGCAGCAGUGUCGCCGGUGACCACGACCGGGUACGCGGAGAUUUGGAAAAGAGAAGGAGUAAAGAACACCAAGAUCUUGAGAAAGGAGUCUCCAGAGAUGGGAAUAAAGAUGACGACGACAAAGAAGAGGAGGAUGAGGAAGACGACGGAGAAGAGACUUCAAGCAGCGAAAACGAUAUUGUUUGGUGGGAAAGUGACAACGACCCUGAAAACCCCUACAACUGGGCUCGCUGGAGAAAGGUUCUCAAUUGUUUCCUUGUCAGCGCGCUGACUUUUGUCACGCCCCUCGCGUCGUCUAUGUUCGCCCCUGGCGUUCCGGAACUGAUGGUCGAAUUCGAGAGCAAGAGCUCCGAGCUCGCCUCCUUUUGCGUCUCCGUGUACGUCCUGGGCUUCGCGGCUGGACCCAUGAUCUUUGCCCCUUUGUCUGAGUUGUAUGGCCGCAUCCCUGUCUAUCAUGGCUGCAAUGUUGGGUUCAUUGUCUUCCUCAUCGCCUGCGCCAAAGCGCCUACGCUUGACUCCCUCAUCGCCUUUCGCUUCCUUAGUGGCAUCUUCGGGUCUGCUCCCAUCACCAAUGGCGGAGGAACCAUUGCCGACAUGAUCGUCCAGGAGAAGCGCGGUGCUGCCAUGGCUAGUUUCGCCAUUGGUCCUCUCCUCGGCCCCAUUAUCGGCCCAGUUGUUGGCGGAAUUGUGUCAGACGCCCUUGGCUGGCGCUGGGUCUUUUGGAUCCUCACCAUCAUCUCCGGGACACUCUCGGCCAUCUUCUUGAUCUUCUCUGGCGAGACGUACGCUCCCGUGAUCCUAAAGAGGAAGACUGAGAAGCUCCAGAAAGAGACGGGCAACCCUCGGCUGCGUUCGAAACUUGAUGCUGGCUUAAGUCCGGCCGACUAUUUCAAACGCGGAAUUCUUCGUCCCUUUAAGAUGCUCCUCUUCUCUCCCAUCUGUAUCAUCUGCGGACUCUACGUCGGCCUUGCCUACGCUUACCUCUAUCUCAUGUUCACUAGUCUCACACCUUUGUUCAUGCGCAUAUACGGCUUUAGCACGAUAAACGCUGGCCUCACAUUUCUUGGCCUUGGUGUUGGAAGCAUGAUUGGAGUUGCAUACUUCUCCGUGGCUAGCGACCGACAUAUCAAGAAAAUGGCUGCACGGGACAAGCAACGCGCCGCCGAAGCUUCACAGGUCGAUGGUGGAGAGGCUGGUGGUGCUCGAGAUGAUGACACGGCCUCAACCAUUAGUGGAAUGAAGCCCGAGUAUAGACUGCCACCGCUAAGGAUUGGUGCCGUGUUGCUCCCCGCGGGAUUAUUCAUCUACGGCUGGACGGCUGAGUAUAAGGUUCAUUGGAUUGCGCCCAUCAUCGGAACUGCUAUUAUGGGUAUUGGAAACCUCAUCAUCUUUAUGUCGCUCCAGAUGUACCUCGUAGACAGCUUUACCGUAUACGCCGCUUCCGCCCUGGCCGCCAACGCGGUAAUGAGGUCUAUCGCGGGUGCUCUGUUACCUCUGGCCGGUCUUCCCAUGUACGAUAAGCUCGGCAUGGGCUGGGGCAACAGCUUGCUUGGCUUCGUUGCCGCCGCGCUCCUACCAGCUCCCUGGCUUUUCAUGAAGUAUGGCGAGUAUCUGAGAAAAAGGUUUGAGAUCAAGGACCUAUAG